AUGUCAUUUGUCAAUAUAAAAAACUUAUCAAGGGGGGGAAUAUCCAAUUAUUGCAACAAAAUAAAUUUCAGUAAACAUAGUUUUCAAUUUUGGAACUCUCAUUUAAAAGGACGUGAAGGAAGGUUGCUUCCGAAUUAUUCGUCUUUGCUGAAUAGCAAAAAUAUAUACCUUGAUGCGAGAAAUAAAAACGAACAUAACAAUAAGCACAGAAGUUACAAUUGGCACACUUUCUAUUUUCAGAACUCUGUUUUUCAUAAGUAUGAUCAUUUGAACAAGUUAUCAGUAGUUUCGUAUAAACAACAACUGAUUGAGACAAUAAAUGAAAACAGAUGGAUAAAGUUGUGUGCAAAUUUUAAUUCUAUUUCGAAAAAGGAAAAGCAUGAAUGUGGUUAUGCAGAGGAGAGUGAAAAAUGUGACAAACUUAAAACUGCACAGAAUGACAGUGAUAAAAAAGAAGAACGUAAAAAUGGAACUGAUAAUAUAAGACAAGUAAGAGAAUUCACAGAAAGAAAGAAAGAAAGAGAAAAAAAUGAGGUGCCACAUAAUUAUACCCCAUAUGAUAGGAAAACAAUAUACAAGAAUGACAGAGUAAUAAAUAAGAACAAAAUUUUCAAGGGGAAUUAUUUCAAGAAUGUACAUUCUCUACUAUUGACAAAAAAAAUAAAAGACGCAUUAAACAAAUUAAAAGAUAAACAUAGUUAUAAAAUAAUAAUGAAAAGAAUUAAACAAGAAAAGAAUAAAAUAAAUUCUGUCUUAUCUAUUUAUCAAAUAAAAAAAGGAAAUUUCAAAAACAAUUUUAACGAACAUGUAUAUAGAAAAGCAAUUAUUCACACAAAAACGAAAAUUUUUCAAGUUUUAAAAAAAAUAAAAAUAAAUCACUUAUGGAUAUAUACUAUGAAGAAAAAAAAAAAAUAUAAAUUAAGAAAACAAAAAUUAUUGGAAUUACAAGAAAAAUUUAUAAAAAAUUCUAAAUUGGCACAUAUUAAUGUUAAAAACUUUUUUAAAAAGUAUGGGUAUAUUGGUUUAGGAACAUAUUUUGUCGUUUUUUUAGUAACCUUCUGUUGUUCAUAUUUCUUUGUACAUUUUAAAUACAUAUCAUUAGCAGACAUAACCUAUUGGUCAGAAAAAACACACUUAAAGAAAUAUAUAAAUGAUGAUUUACAUAAAAAAAUUGACUCUUUAUGGGGAGAACUGAUAUUUGCUUACAUUGCUUCUAAAGUGACAGAACCAGUUAGAAUUAUAAUAACUAUACUUAUCACUCCUUAUAUUGCUAAAAUAAUUAGAAUCAAAAGAAGCAGCAGAAUAAAGUCCCAUUAA